CGUCACUCGUCACCAUACAAAUUAAGAUUAAGAGAAAGGUACGUACCCCAAAACGUACAGCACUGUAACAGUGAAUACGAAAGAUGCCAUGGGGAUAUUGAAGUGAAAGGGCAGUGGACCUUGGAAAUGUGCAUAGAAAUUAUUGUUUGGAUUUUUGGACCGAUCGGCCAACACCGUUAAACAUGCAUGCCAGAAUAGUUACCUAGCUUGUACGUAAGCUAGCCAGCUGCAGUGGAGAUCGAGACUCUUGUUAUGUUUUGUACCAUUUUGUUUCCUUCUGCUAUUAGAAUCCGAGUGCUCCAGGUUGAAAGUAAGUGAUACAACCACUCGAUCACGACCUCGUUCGCAAAAUAUGUGAGAGUUGUCCUCUCAUAAACUAUUAAAAAAGUUCUUACUUGUCACCUGAAAAUUCGUUUAACUUCUUUCUUACCCUUAAUUAUAUAGACCGUUUAAAUCUUUUUUUCUUCCUAAAUCAACAUAGAAUUGGGUUAUUGAAUUCUACGUUGUCAUAAACCCGUUUGGUCGAGUUGUUGGGAGAAAAAAGUUAUAUGGAAUCUUUUGCACCACUCUCUAACACGUCGGUUUCAAUAACUCGAGUUGAUGGGAGAAAAAAGUUAUGCGGGAUCUUAUACCACUCUCUAACACGUCCCCUCAAACAAAAACCCGACUCAUGUGCUUGAAGACAACCGUUAAUAUUGGGGGUCGUGAACAUUCGAACACACGCGUCCACUUGUUCAAACCAGCUCUGAUACCAUGUCAUAUAUAAACCAGUUGGUUCCAAUAACUCGAAUUGUUGGGAGAAAGUUGAGUUGUAUCUUAUACUGCACUCUCUAACAUACGUAGGCAACCAUGAAUUCAUACAAAACUUGGUACCUUAACCACAACCUCAUAUGGGUUACGUUAUUUUUUCCCAUAUGGGUAUUGGGUGGUUUUGAGAUGACAUCUAUAUGUAUUCCGAUCAACAUCCAUCACUAACUCUUUGACAAAUAAACUUGCAACCACCCAAUCCAGAUGACGCUUAAACAGCCGCAAGUCGGUUCUUUGUCGUCGACUACUUCAAUAUAUAUAUAGACGCAUGAGGUAAUUCAUCUUCAUCUUAGUUAUAAAAAAAAAAAAAAAAAAAAAAAGGUGCGCCCGCCGGCCAAUAUUGAAUAUCCAGAAAGGCAGAAAUCAAAUCAUGCCACCUUUGCUGGUUUUCCGUCGAUCGUCAUUCGCCAUGUAAAGGUAGCUAAAGGGCCUUUGCUCGAUCGUGGUGUCAAAGGAUAAACGAUGAUUCAUUCCCAUCUCUGGAUUUCCUUAAAUUUCGUGUUUUUUUCCCCCUUCCCCGUCAGCUUUGAUGACAAUGAUCGAUUUGCAAUGAGCCAAUGACAAUCGAUCCAUCACGUACCAGCUACCCACAAUAUGCUAGUUGUUCGUUGCGGAUAACUAUAUUAUAUCUGUUUGAACCUAACUGAGUAUAGGAGUGAGGUUCACUAGAAUGGGUCGAGAAGAAUGAACGGCUUGGUUGAACCAGAACUUUGAGACAAAUGAGAAGGAGGAUAGAGCUCGAAGAGAGGGUGUGUUUAGUGAGAGAAAGUAAUGAUCUUAGAGAUAGAGUCUGAAAAAUUCGAUCCCCUCACCCACCGGAGUAAAUGCCAUAUUUAUAGGCUACAUGGUGGUGGGUGAGUGGUUGGAUUACAAGUGGAUACAAUGAUGUGACCACUGACACAUCAGGGAUUUAGGCCAUACUUUUAGGACCCUGAUGUGACUACCCCUGACAGAGGCAAGACUAUACCUAGGACUAUGAUGGUGACGGCCCGUUGGGUGACGCGGCACCGCUUCUACGGAUACUCGGUGAGGGCCCACGGCUAUGCAAUGCGCCGUCGUUGGGUGUUUACGCGCGUCUCCACGGGGGUGGUCUCUACCGGCGCGGCUCGGGCGCUCGACUUCGGAGUGACUCGCGCGCUUUGCCUUGGCGUGAGCAUCCUUGGUGCGCGCGCCUCCAAGAGGGUGGCCUCUACCUGCGCGCAUGAUUCCGGCGCGACUCGCGCGCUUUGCCUUGGCGUGAGCAUCCUUGGUGUUUCCUCAGUGUGGUGAGAUCCGAGUCACAUGCCCAACAAUAUCAUUCAGAUAUCAUCGAUCGUCUUAUGUUAUUAGAUAAAACGUUAAUUCGAUUGAUUUAAAUUUUUCACGUAUGUAGUUGUUGAAGUUGAAAUCGGUACGUAAUUGUCCACCUCUGACUCAUAAGAGUACAAUCUAUAUGGAAAGAUUUAUCGAUUAGAGGAUAAAACAGUUUUAUGUUCACUACCAAAUACUUCCAUCUUCUAAUUAGAGGCCGGGAGGAGUCACUCGAACAUACGAUUAAGGAAGAGGGGAGGAUAAGAGGGGGUUGAGAUAGUAUCUCUUCAUGAAGAUUGGAUGUGAAUAGUUGAAACAAAAAUAUGUUUUCUUUUUAAAGAUUCGCAUGACAAAUCGAGUAAAUUUCUUUUGUAAAUCUGAAAUUACAAUUAAGAAGAUUGAUAAACAUUUCCCCAAAUUUUAAGAAUGUCCAGGCUCACUCCUAAUUAAUGAUUGUUAAACCGUAUCGCAGGUUCUACUGAAAAAGUUAGUCCUAUGGUAUUUUAUGAUACAAUUGUGGUUCAACUGUUUCAUACCAAAUAACCAUGCCCACUUAGGCGUAGGGAUGGCAAUCAAACCCAUGCCCACGGGUAUCCGAUCGCCCCCGACCCAGUCAACGCGGAGAAUCCCCGCUUUGACUGGGUAUGGAGCGGGUAUGGGUAAAACCCGCAAAAUGUUUGAUGGGUACGAGGCGGGUAUGGUUUUAGCCUCCCCCGCCCCAUACCCAUAUCCAUACCCGCGCGCCCCACCAAGAAUAUUUGUUCACAUAUAAAAAAUACAUGGAUGAAAUAGUAAUCUAUCAAUGAUAGUGAGGGUAAAUAAAAAAAAUAAUUAGUAGAAAUGCAAUUGAGUGGUCACCCAAAUCAAAACCUAAUUCAUUUUCCCCAACUCUCUCUUCACUCUUUCACUUUUCCCUCGUGUUAGCAAGAUUAUAUUAGUUCAUUAUUGCCUAGUAUAUGUAUUAGAGUCAGAUAAAUAAUGAUUUGGAUUACAUUGUAGUACUCUAUUUUAUGGAUUAAGGGAAAUUUUAGGAUAAAAUGCUUUGAACCAUAUUAAGAAUUAUUGUCACUUUCUCGACUUCAUGAUAUAAUAUGUGCCUUUAAUGUUAUAAUUGAACAUUUACAUGUAAAAUUUUAUGUAUUAUAAUGUUGGAUGUACGGGGCGGGUAUUACCCAUGGGUACCCGAAAUCCACGGGUAUGGGGAUGGGUUUGCAAAAUCUUCCCCCGCAUGGGUAUGGGUCGGGUAUGGGUUUGGAUAUUUGAAAGCGGGAAUGGGGAUGGUUUAGGCAAACCUAGGGGUGUUCAAAUGGUUACCAUGGUUAUUACCAAACCAAAUAAGGCUAAAUUUCAUUAACCAUGGAAUAGAAUAUCAUAACCAAACCGUCCAAACUAAUACAACAACCAAAUUAACCAAACUAGAGUUUAAUCGGUUUGGUUAAUUGGUUAACCAGAUUAACCAAUAUAAAAUCACAUUAUCAUU